AUGAUCACACUUGCCAUCUUCGCAUUGGCUGCUUUGAUUUAUGCCGUCUCGGCAAGCGAGUACGGCUACGGCUACGGUGAAUAUGGCGCUGGCCAUCAUGGACACGACCAUGGUUCCAAGUAUGGCACUGGUUAUACGAAAGGCUUUGACACGGGAGGUUAUGGCGAUUACGGCAGCCACAAGUACGGCGGAUGGGGAAGUUACGCCAAAGGCAAAGAGCAUGGAUCGUACUACGGAUCUGAGUAUGACGACGACUAUGGGAAAGGGCACCACGGCAAGGAGCACCACGAGGGCGGUUUCGAGUAUGACGACGGCGACCAUGACCAUGGACAUCAUGGACACGAUCACGACGACGAUCAUUACGGCCAUGGACACCAUCACCAUCACCACCCCCAUGACCAUCACCACCACCAUCAUCAUCACCCCCAUGGACACCAUCAUGGUUUCGACCACCAUCAUCAUCCUCAUGGCCACCAUCACGACCACGAUCAUCACGAUUUCGACCACGACUUCGGUCACCACGGCGAUCAUCACGGUCACGACCACUAUUGA